CUGAUGUUUUAUUCAUCGGCUUCAUUUCGUUAUCCGCCGCUGUGUCCGCUGUGAUGCAUUUAUAAUGAGUAUGGCCUGGGACCGAUAGUAUGCAAAUUACAUGCAAAUUUGUACCACCGCAGCGAGAGAGGCACAACAAAACAUGGCCUCUGAGGAGAAGGAGGGAAAUAAUACAGAUACGGACGAUUACCAGAGUGUUUUACCGGAAUACGGCUGGCGUGUCCAUUUAAGUAAUACCUACUCUCAUACUCCUCAAGCCUGUUACCUCCCAAGAUGGACUCAAAUCCCUAAACUUGUUGGUUUAGGUUGGAGAUUCAUGAAAUAUGCUACGAAGAAGAAGAGGAAUGGCGAAACACCGUAUAUUGAUCCUUACGCCACAAAUCCAUGUCGACAGGUUUACGGUGUUCCUCUYGGUGGUAUUGGAUGUGGAACUAUAGGACGAGGAUGGAAAGGAGAGUUCAAUCGAUGGCAAUUAACUCCUGGAAUGUACUCUUAUAACUAUGUCGAAGCUAAUCAGUUCAUUGUAUGCGUAAGAAAGAAAGGCAGAACUACAUAUCAGUCUGUGUUGUCACCUAACCGUCCCAAUGGAGUAAUGUGUGGUCGAAGUCUGCAAGGUUGGAAUUGGGGUUUUAAUGGUUCAAAUGCUGUAUACCAUGCUUUAUAUCCACGUGCCUGGACAGUUUAUGACUUGCCUGGUCAAAAUAUCAGACUUAUUUGCCGCCAAGUGUCUCCAGUCUUUCCUCAUGAUUAUAAGGACACAAGUCUUCCAGUUGCAGUAUUCAUUUGGAAAGUUGAAAAUAACAAUGAUGAAGAAGUUGAGGUUUCUAUUAUGUUCACUUUUCAAAAUGGUGAUGGUUCUCCAAAUGACACAUCUUCUGGUCAUUACAAUGAACCSUUUUGCUCAAAAGGAGUACAUUGUAAGGUAGACCUGGGCAGUAAGCAGGACAAAUCAGUUUCAACACAGGCUAAUCAUGUUAUUAGUGGUAAUACAACAAGAAGCAGUCCUCUUAAUCCUAGAAAGAACUCUGAGGCUAAAUCCAGCGAAUUGUCAACAACAUGUGAUGUUACAGGUGUUCUUCUUCAUCAUAAACAUCCCAGACUUCCUUACACUCUGGCAAUUGCAGCAAAAGCAAAGCAUAAGGGUGGUCAGCCAGUUGUUUCUGUGACUACAAAGGCAUCAUUUGAUGCUCGCACUCCAUGUAGAAGAGUAUGGGAUGAUUUGAUGGAUGAUGGUAAACUAAGUUCUUCAUCAGAUCCCAGUCCACCCUCCCGUUCAGACCAGUCAUUGUGUGCUGCUGUCUGUGCUUCUAUUAAAGUCCCACCAAAGUCAAAGGAUGAACUAGAGUUCUGCUUGGCAUGGGAUAUGCCACAGAUUUGCUUUGGUGCAAGUAAACAACAACACUAUAGAUUCUAUACCAGAUUUUUUGGUCAUCAUGGCAAUGCUGGACCUGCAUUAUGUAGUCAUGCACUUGUGAAUUAUCCUGACUGGGAAGCCAAGAUUGAGGCUUGGCAGAACCCUAUAUUGAAAGAUGAGUCUUUACCAAACUGGUAUAAGUCAGCUUUAUUUAAUGAGCUUUACUUUGUUGCUGAUGGAGGCACUGUAUGGUUAGAUAUAAGACAAGAAGGACCUAACAAAUCAGUUCCAGAGAUUGUUAAAAAGUUUGGACGAUUUGCCUAUUUAGAAGGUCAUGAGUACAGGAUGUACAAUACAUAUGAUGUACACUUCUAUGCGUCGUAUGCAUUAGCAAUGCUCUGGCCGAAACUACAACUUAGUCUUCAAUAUGACAUGGCUCACACUGUCAACCAAUCUGAUAAUGAGGUAUGGAUGACAAUGAUGAAUGGUCAUUAUUGUAAACGAAAAGUUCCUGGAUGUAUCCCUCAUGAUAUAGGCGAUCCUGAUGAAGAUCCUUGGGAGCGCAUCAAUGCAUAUCACAUCCACGAUACAUCCAAGUGGAAAGACUUGAAUCUCAAGUUUGUUUUACAAGUGUACCGUGAUUACAUAGCAACAUCUGAUGUGUACUAUUUACAGGACAUGUGGCCUGUUACUAAGACAGUGAUGACAAAAUCAAUGACGUAUGACCGUGAUGGAGAUGGUCUAAUAGAAAACUCAGGACUUGCUGACCAAACCUAUGAUGCCUGGCCUGUUAAAGGUCCAAGUGCCUACUGUGGUGGUCUUUGGCUUGCAGCCCUUAGAGUAAUGGCAGAGAUUGCUACUAUUUUAGACUACCCAGAGGAAAGAGACAAAUAUAUGAGUGUGCUGGAACAUGGCAAAAAGGCAUAUAUCAAGCUACUAUGGAAUGGGGAUUAUUACAACUAUGACAGCAGUGAUCAUAAGUAUCACAAUAGCAUCAUGGCUGAUCAGCUGGCUGGACAGUGGUACUUACAUGCAUGUGAUCUUGGACAACGUGCAUCUGAUGAGGUUUUUCCACUAGAGCAUGUCACAAGUGCAUUGAAAGCUAUUUUUGAGAACAAUGUCAUGAAAUUCCAAGAAGGAACAAUGGGUGCUGUAAAUGGCAUGCGACCAACUGGCCAGGUUGAUACUAGCAGCCUACAAGCUGAAGAGGUCUGGACCGGAGUGACAUAUGCCUUAGCUGCAUCUAUGAUUCAAGAGGGAAUGGUUGAAGAGGGCUUCAAAACUGCAAGCGGCAUUUACAACACAUGUUUUGAAAGGCUUGGCAUGGGUUUCCAGACACCUGAGGCUAUUGUCGCUAAUGGUAAUUAUCGUUCGUUAGCGUACAUGCGCCCAUUGAGUAUAUGGUCAAUGCAAUGGGCAAUAAAUGUGAGAAAUAAGAAGAAAGGAGCAGAAAAGAAUGACCAUGUCAAUUCAGUAAUGUCCAAGUAAAUAAAAUAUAUAGUAUUGGAAAUAGUAUUAUAGGAAUCUUGCCAAAGUGAAUUGCAAAUUUGUCACAAUGAAAACCUAACAGUUAUGUACAAAGGACAAAUUUAUAACCUUAGGGUUAUACUCUUUUUUAUUCACAAUAUCAUAGCAAUUAACAGCAAAUUUAAUAAUAAUUGUAAUAAAAUAAUAAGAAUAAUUUUUAUAAAUACAUGGGGAAGGGCAAAGUUGUUUUUAUCAUUAUUUUGAAAGAAUUAGACAAAAGUGAACUAUUGAGUAUACCACUGCCAUUUGCUUGGUGACCAAUGCAGACAACUAACAGCAUGUUGUUGUGAUAAGUGAUCAAAUGACAGCUCUCUGUUUGAUGUUUUCUUUGGAUUGUUCCCAUAGCAAUGCAAACCACAAUAUCAACGCACAGUGACAGAAUAUUUAAAGUAUUGACAUUUGUAUAAGGAUUUUGUUCAUAUUAAAAUGGGAUAUCAGUUAUGGGGGAUUUUGAAAUUUAAUUUUUUUACUGAUUCAUUAUUUAGUUUCUUAUGGGCUGUUAAUUUACCAGGAGAAUCAGUGUGUCAAAUUUUUAAACCUUAUCUUGUUAAAAUAAUAUUAUCUCUUUAAUGUAUUUAUAUUUACAUAUUUAUUUAUACAUUACAAUUUAUAAAUGUAUUUAGUAUCCUUAAAUAUAGAGGUCUAAGUUAAAUGUUUAUAUUUAUUAGAUUACUCACAAAGUGUUCACACAAUUUCCAUUUCCUAAUGAAAUACUUUCUUAUUGCUAGCAAUAUGGAUUAGAAUGUUAUUAUGAAAAAUGUAUGUACAGCACACAUAAUAUAUAAUAAAACUAUUAUGUUACGAACAUGUUUGGAAUUCCGCACUCCAGUGUCCUUGAUCCACUAUUUUAACUUUUAUGCUCUUGAUUAUGACGUUAUAGUGGCAAUAAAAUAUGGUAAUUAUUUCACAGGUGACGUAGUCAAUGUGAACUCUGUUUUUCCAGCAGGCGUUGUAUGGAAAACGACGCUUAUUCCACUUUAACGUUUUUAUGCGUAGUUUAACGCCGAAACCCGUGAUAAAUUUUGGGUUUACGAUCCAAGGUGAAUUGAAUCGUAAAACUACAAUCCUUAUUUACAUUCUUUGCAACAAGAAAAUGCUUCUCACGUUUUGUCUCAAGACGAGAAAGCUACUUUAUCAAGGCAAAGAAUAUUUUAUAUUUAGCCCCAAAACACGAGCAAAUGAUAGUUUUAAAACCGAGGUACAAACCUCCUUUUAAUGAUUAAAAAAUGCGUGUAUACACGUUAAAUAUGAUACAUUUGUAGUGUUUUAUAGUUACACAUGGCUAUACACAUUCAUGGAUCUAAUAAAUCGUAAGCUUUUUGAUUCUGAACAUAAGUUAUUUUCUCCACAACCAAGUAGUUGUAGGUUUGAUCAAAACUAAAUUACAUGCUAUUAUUGAAAGAAAUAAAAACUAGCCUAUAGAACAGAAAGGUACUAGUAGAAUAGAAAUACAUCGAGCGCUUACAAAUUAAACAUUCAUCUUCAGAUUUAGGCGUCCUAACGCCGAUGAACAAAAGGCAAGGGCGACGCCAUCUUGAACAUUACGCUACAGAAAAAAAAACACUCUGAAAUAUG